GUGUUGCAGAUCAUCCGGCUCAAAUGAGGACGCUCGUGAGGAGGAGGAGAGGAGGUGACUCCCUCUGAAGUACAGCGGAUACAUCCAGAGGUCCUCAGUGAGGAGAAGAGGAGGAACCAUGGCUGAAUUCAGAGGGAUUAAAGCCUCUUUCUUCCUGAUUCUGAUGCUUCAGUUUACAGAAGCAGCAACAAGACAACAUGUCACUGUCAGAGAUGGAGAUGAAGUCACUUUGCCUUGUAACAGUGUGACUGAGGACCAGAACAACUGUGACUCUACUGAGUGGUACUUCACUUAUUUAAGAAGCACACCAGCAGUAGCUCUGGUUAGAAACGGGCAGAUUGAAAAAGUCAAAGCUGAAUCAGACAGACUGAGUGUUUCACAGAACUGUUGUCUGGUUAUGAAGAAGGUCACACGUGGAGAUGUUGGCCUUUAUGUCUGCAAACAGGUCAGACCAGGAGGACAAUAUGAAGAUGCUGAGGUUUAUCUGUCUGUGGUUUCCAUGACUGAAGAGACGAACAGAGACGAGGUGACGUUAAGAUGCUCUGUGUGGACGUAUGAACGAUGUCCACGCACAGUGAAGUGGAUGAAUGGUGGUCAAGAUGUGGACAAAGACAAAGAAGUGAAGACAUCACGGAAUUCCUGCUUCGCCUCUCUGUCCUUUAAGACUUCUCACUUCUUUUACACAUCAAGCUUCACUUCAUUGAAGUGUGAAGUGACCGAUGGAGACAAAGUGAUGCAGUUUUCUCCCUCAGGUGAUAAAACAGGUGAAGACACAACAACAACAACAACAACAACUGAAGAGGACACAAAAGGAGGAGACACUACGAAAACUUCUAUAAUCACAUGUUUGUGUCUUCAUGUAUGUAACACCAUAAGUUUUCAUUUACACAGAACACAGAACAUCUGUAUUGUCUUUGCAGUUUGGGUCUACGUCCUUUCGGCCGUUGUUCUUGUUGUUCUCUUGAUAAUCAUCGUGUUUGUCGUCAAAUGGAAGAUCAACAAAGGCAACACAACACAGACGAACAACAACGAUGUGCCGACCGCCCCCCCGGCUGCAGAAGCCCCUCUCACGGAUGUGUCCAUGUCCCUGAGCGGCCAUGUUGUCUCCUCCGUGCAGGCCGGUCCUGAAGACGGUGUGUCCUACGCCACCAUCAGCUACACCCAGAAGGCCGACAGUAAAGCCCAGGGUCGGAGUAACCAUGGCGAUGAUGCGGUGACCUACUCGACCGUGAAAGCUUCCUCCGCUGAUCCCAGCAACGUCUACGCCAGCAUCACCUGACCACACAAACCCAACUAAUGUCUGCUUCUCUCUCUAUCGAGGGUAAAUAUGCAGUAAAUGUGGACAAUAUAUUACACAUUGAGCUUGAUGAACCUGCUGUCAGGCCCUUCAUGGUGCUCAGAGGUGUAGAAGUCCUUAAGUAUUUUGCCUUCUUUGUUGCUAAAACACUUGCUGCCUUUUUUUUUAUCUCUGAGAAUAAUGGAUCAAAAUAGAGCAAUUUUGCUAAUUUUCUCAUGUUGUCUUCCUUCAAGUUUCUUCUUUUAUAGUUUAAUAUGUAAUAAUUCUGCCAUUUGCUUCUCCUU